AUGGCCUCGUCUACGACCGGCAACAUUGUCAUCGAGUGGUUGCGUUCGCUGCACCUGGGCCAAUACGCGGAGAGCUUCAUCGACAACGGCUACGAUGACCUAGAGAUAUGCAAGCAAGUCGGGGAACCGGACCUGGACGCGAUCGGGGUUCUGAACCCGGCGCACCGUCAGAGACUCUUGCACUCGGUGAGAAGUUUGAGAGAGGAAGGUGCGGCUGCCGUUUAUUUCACCUUGGAGGAGGCCGCCGCGGCCCGGGACUCGUGCAGGUGUGACGAGGAGGUCCGCAAGGAACAGGCGGUGGCGGCCGUCGAACCUGCGAAGUACGCGGACGAGUACGAGGAGGGGAAAGCGGAGCUGGUGAAGAUCCCGCGUAUCCAGCUGAAACGGCUUCUGCGGGAGCGUCUCGGUCAGGACGGGAUCCGGUUGAGCCUGCAGCCAUAUUCCACCACGGUCAGUGCUAACUUGUGGCAGUGUCUCUUGCGGACGUUUGUGUCAAGUGUCAAGUGGCGGCAAAGUUUCGGCCCGCUUAGAGGCACUGCUUAUCUUAUUGUUUCCGUACAGUUUGUGCGCUACGUCUUGGACGCUCGAGGCGGGUGA